GCGUAUCAUUUCGCGUUCGACAGCACGGUGUCAUCGGGUCUGAAUUCCCUGGCGGCCAUCACGUUGGAGGACUUCGUGCGUCCGUAUUGCUUCAAGGGGAUCACGAGCAAACAGGCGGCGAAUGCCUCCAAGGUCAUUUCCCUCGCUUACGGCCUCGUCUCCUUCGGGCUCGUUUUCGUCGUCGAGAGAUUCGGGACCGGCGUCCUCACCGCGGCACUGAGCAUCUUCGGCAUGAUCGGGGGGCCUCUUCUCGGCCUUUUCACUCUGGGCAUGUUCUUUCCCUGGGCCAACAACAAGGGAUCUCUGAUAGGAGGAAUCUUGGGAUUCAUCUUCGUUUUCUGGAUCGGAGUGGGCGCGAACGUCGCGGCAGCUACGGGCAGACUAAGCUUCCCCCAGAAGCCGCUGUCCGUCGAGGGCUGCCUUUACCUGAAUGCCACGGAGGCACCCAUGCCCUCCUCCACGCUCUCGCCCGAUCUGGAGCCGCUGGGGCUCUACCGGCUCUCGUAUCUGUGGUACUCGACGGUCGGGUGCUGGAGCGUGAUCGCGAUCGGGCUCGUGGUCAGCUGGGCGACGGGGAUGCAGGAUCCGAGGAAGCUCAAUCCCAAUCUCGUCUCUCCGAUCUUUCAUUACUUGAGGAAGAAACUUCCGGAAGAUUUGGUCUCCAAGCUGAAACUCGACAUCGGCGACGAUUACGACCCAUUAUCGGCCGGGACGGCCGGGCUGGUGAAUUCCUCGCGGGUUUCCACGGGGACAAAUUUCGCCGGGGAGACGAACGUGGCCUGCGAACCCGACAUGGACAAGGUCCUCGACGAGAAAAACAUUUUCAAGACCAAAGAGCAAAUCGGGCUUAAUGUCAUCGAUGCCUCGGACGCCUGAGGGAGGGAAACCGUUCCUCGUUUGUGUUUUUUAACCGAUCUGCCGAGUGAC